AUGUUCUGGCUAGUCAUAGUAUUUCUAUUGUCCAGUCUCCUCCCUAAUGUUGGGUGUGAUCUGUCCACUCACGGCCGGGGCAAAUCUGACCUGGCGGCGGUCAAGUUCAACACAGCAACAUCACCACCAUCAUCAUCGUCAGCAAAUAAAAGAGCUCCGACCCCGCCAGUGAAACCAGUUGUAAACAUCACCGCAGUGUUCGAAGAAGAAGAUCUGGACGACUACUUGCCCAUUUUCGAUCGGGCCCUGGCGGACCUUAUCAACAACAGCAAUAUCUUCACCUGGGCUGGCCAUGUCCUCAGCUCCUCGAAGGAUCUGAAAAAAAUGAUGACGGAAAUGUGUGCUCACUUUCAAGGAGACAAGAGCCAGGUGCGACUGAUCGUGGUCUUUGGGAAAGUUAGGACUGUUCAGACAGUCAAUCUAAUUUCCCAGGCUCUCGGGAUUCCCGUUGUUGGAUACAUGUUGGACAAAGGCGAUGGAUACAUUCAG